AUGGCCGACAUCAAGACGGGCAUCUUCGCCAAGAACGUCCAGAAGCGACUCAACCGCGCGCAAGAAAAGGUCCUUCAGAAGCUUGGGAAAGCUGAUGAAACAAAAGAUGAACAGUUUGAAGAAUAUGUCCAGAACUUCAAACGGCAAGAGGCAAAGGGUACCAGACUUCAGCGAGAACUCCGAGGAUACUUAGCAGCUAUCAAAGGCAUGCAAGAGGCUUCCAUGAAGCUCACCGAGUCGCUGCAUGAAGUCUAUGAGCCUGACUGGUAUGGGCGUGAAGAUGUGAAAAUGGUUGGUGAGAAAUGUGAUGUGCUGUGGGAAGACUUCCAUCAGAAAUUAGUGGAUGGGUCCUUGCUGACACUGGACACCUAUCUGGGCCAAUUUCCCGACAUAAAGAAUCGUAUCGCCAAGCGCAGCCGGAAGCUGGUGGACUACGACAGUGCCCGCCAUCAUCUGGAAGCUUUGCAGAGUUCCAAGAGGAAGGAUGAGAGUCGCAUCUCUAAGGCAGAAGAGGAAUUUCAGAAAGCACAGAAAGUGUUUGAAGAGUUUAACGUUGACUUACAAGAAGAGUUACCAUCAUUGUGGUCAAGACGAGUUGGAUUUUAUGUCAAUACUUUCAAAAAUGUCUCCAGCCUAGAAGCCAAGUUUCAUAAGGAAAUCGCAGUGCUUUGCCACAAACUGUAUGAAGUGAUGACGAAACUGGGCGACCAGCAUGCUGACAAGGCCUUCACCAUUCAAGGAGCUCCCAGCGACUCGGGUCCUCUCCGUAUUGCAAAGACGCCUUCGCCACCUGAGGAGGCUUCACCCAUCCCAAGCCCGACAGCAAGUCCCAAUCACACGUUGGCACCUGCAUCUCCUGCACCGGUCCGACCUCGGUCACCCUCGCAGACAAGGAAAGGGCCUCCUGUCCCGCCUCUUCCUAAAGUCACCCCAACAAAGGAGCUACAGCAGGAGAACAUCAUCAGUUUCUUCGAGGACAACUUUGUUCCUGAAAUCAGUGUGACCACACCUUCCCAGAAUGAAAUCCCUGAGGUGAAGAAAGAAGAGACCUUGUUGGAUCUGGACUUUGAUCCUUUCAAGCCUGAUGUGACCCCUGCAGGUUCUGCUGGAGUGACCCACUCACCCAUGUCACAGACAUUGCCCUGGGACCUAUGGACGACAAGCGCUGAUCUGGUACAGCCGGCUUCUGGAGGUUCAUUUAAUGGAUUCACCCAGGAUACUUCAUUGUUCACAAUGCAGGCAGACCAGAGUAUGUUCAACAUGGCUGAAUCUGAACAGGCUCCACCCACAGAGCCGAAAGCCGAGGAGCCCACUGCUGCUGUUCCACCUGCCACUGGGCUGGACCUGGGACUGGACACGCGGGCUGAGGAGCCAGAGGAGGGGGCAGCGAUCAUCCCUGGACCAGAGGCUGAUGUGACGGCUGGGACCUUGGUGCCGGCAGCCGAGGGGGUCCCGGUGGAGGAAGCAGAGACAGAGAAGGCGGCUCUUCCCGCUGGAGCAGGAGCAAGUUUAGAGGAGGCCAAGACUGACACCGAAGCCACAGAGGCCAUGGAUGGUGACAGAUCUCAACUGGAAGAAGCAGAAGCAGCGGCCACUCAGGAGAAGGUCAUCCCUUCUGUCGUCAUACAGCCCGCCUCCAACAACGAAGGGGAGGGAGAACAUGAAGGAACCGUGGAUGCAGAGUACAAGGAGGCGGCUGAUGACACGGCUCUUCCGGGCCCCACCAGUGAGAUGCCAGAGCUGGCCUCGGAGGAGCAGAAGGCGGCCAGGGCCUCCCAGCCUGCACCUUCCGCUCCCUCUGCAAGCGAGGCCUUCCAGGAAGUGCCUCCCGGCUUCCUCUACAAGGUGGAAACACUGCAUGAUUUUGAGGCAGCAAAUUCUGAUGAACUUACCUUACAAAGGGGUGAUGUGGUGUUGGUGGUGCCCUCAGAUUCGGAAGCUGACCAGGAUGCAGGCUGGCUGGUAGGAGUGAAGGAAUCAGACUGGCUUCAGUUCAGAGACCUCGCCACCUACAAAGGCCUCUUUCCAGAGAACUUCACCCGGCGCCUGGAUUAG